GGCUUGGCUGAGUGAGAGACGAUAGAGACAUUGAAGUGACUUUUAACAUGCGCUCUCUAACGGCUAUCGUUCUCGCUGCUUUAUGUAUUUUGGUUCUGACGGUGUCAGUUGAUGCAAGGCGUUCACGCAAACUGCAGAGAAGACCCAAUAGUGAUGAAUCUGCGAAUAAUGAAGAUGGCGAGCAGCUUGCUGUAAUUGAGGAAGAGAAUCCUACUUCUUCCGGAAAGAGACCUAAAGCUAAAGAAAACCAUGCAAAUAGUGACCAGGCUCUUUCUGUUCCAGCUACAGAAAAUAAAGAGACCGGAGAAAAGAGCCAAACUUCUUCAGAGCCAUCAACUGAAGAAAAUCAGAAAAAAGACAACACGAAUAGACUCCAUGGCCCUUUAACGCAAUUAUUUCGUAGACGAAGUACCCGAAAACCAUUGCAUUUUCAUCACAACAAAAAACAACCAAGGCCCACGCUACCUUCUUUUUUAUCUCGUUCUAGAUCAAAGACAAGUGCCCCCAGUAAUUCCUCCCCAGAUGAAGAAACUUCAACAAACAAUUAUGAAACGGCAGAGCCUAAAUCUUCAAGACAUCAACGCCCUCAAGUGGAAGAUUCUAAAGACACUGGAAGACGUAUAAACCGCAGACGUUUUUCUCGUCGCAGACAACAAACAAAGAAACAGGAUGGUAGUGAAUAAAAUUUAAGUUUUUUCGGUCUAUUUUUUUUUCAUCUACUUCUAGUGAAAAAAAAUAAUACAUUCUUUAGUUGCCCCUUGUUAUUGUGUUUGGCCAUAUUUUAGAAAUUCGCGAACACGUGGCGAGGACAAACUAAUGGAAAAAAUGUAAAUCGAGUUUGUUUAUUUUUGCUGUUUUUUCUGACGAUAUGAAUGGUGUUUAAAUAUCUACUCCUCAUUAGGAACCCUACCGUGGGGUUAGUCUAUUUCACAAUCAACAUCAUUGCUUUUUUUCCCGUCCAUCAAAUGUUUACCUAUGAAUAUUAUAUAAACAUGUAAUCACCUCUUCUUUCGUACACUUUUGCAUUUAUUUUCAGCAUUUUAGGUGUUUUUUUUUACCGUGAUAAAGCGUCAAUAUUUAAUUUUGAAUCACAAAUUUCUUUAGCUGAGUACUUAUACGUAGUUCCAGAUAAACUAUAACAUUAAAAAGGCAAGAAUUUUUAUAUAAAAAUAAUUUGUUUACGAAAAGAGCAAAUAAUGUUGUAUGUAAUUUAAAAUAUGCACCGAAAUAUUCAAACUAUCUCGAAUUCAAGCAAGACAAAUUUUCAGUUAAUUUUCUGUAUUAAAAACUAUAGCCUGUGUGUUCAUUGCUAAGUUUGGCUAAGAGAGUACAGUGUUUGGUUACAUAAAGAAGAAAUAACAAAAGCACCUGUUCAGUUAAAUUAAAUUUUGCGUAUAAGCUUACACUCUUUGUUUCUUGUCUACUUUAUUGUUUACUACAUUAAAUUAUGCUACAGAAACCAGCAAUACAAAACAGGGCAUUUUCUCACUACAAUGCGCAGAUUUUAUUAUUAUUACAAUUAUUAUAGAAUCUAAUAUUCUUAGCGAAUUUAGUGGAAUAACCUAUAUAAAAGCAAUGUAGGUGUUCGCUACUAUUAAUAUUUUAACCAACAUGGCGUGGCUUAGCCAUGUGAUAGAGCUCUGAAUUUUAAAUCUGACUAGCCGGGUUCGAAUCCGUGUAAAACAGCAAAAUAUUUCCAGUACUUUAAACUGUCAGUGCAUUAUAAGAGUAACAGUCAAUCCCUUAGCGUGGAUAGUAAGAUGCUGCUAACUGAGCGUUUUAUCUCUGUUAGCAACUAAAAAUUAGGAACAGGGUUGAAUAAAGUACAAUUAACCUAGUUGACGCCCUACAUGGUAUUUGUUUUGUUUGUAUGCGAUCGCAGUUGUUUUGUAGGUGCAAAUAUGCUUUCCCGGCAUGGCCAGGUGGUUAGAGCGCUCGACUCGCAAUCUGAGGAUCGCAGGUUUGAA